GGGGACUCAGCAAACACUCAGGCAACCAUGGAUGUGUUCAGCUCCAAGGACAUGGCCCUGAAGGCCCAGAAGAAGAUCCUCAGCAGCAUGGCCAACAGAAGCUCCGUGCAAAUGUUCAUAGACGACACCACUAGUGAGAUUAUGGAUGAACUGUACCGGGUCUCCAAAGAGUACACAGGAAACAAAGCCGUGGCUCAGAAAGUCAUCAAAAACAUGAUCAAGAUCGCAGUCAAGAUCGGCGUGCUGUACAGAAACCACCGUUUCUCUGAAGAGGAACUGAAAAUAGCUCAAGACUUUAAGAAAAAGCUCCAUCAAGGCGCAAUGACGGCCAUCAGCUUCUAUGAGGUGGACUUUACCUUCGACAAGGCGGUGAUGUCAGAGCUCUUGAACAGCUGCAGGGACCUGUUGAUAAAUCUGGUCAACACCCACCUCACGGCGAAGUCGCACGAUCGCAUCAAUCAUGUCUUCAACCAUUACUCAGACCCUCAGCUCCUCACCAAACUCUAUGACCCCAAUGGCCCCUUCAAACCCAACCUCACCAAAAUCUGCACAGGACUCAACAAACUGAUAGAGGAUGGGACAAUAUGACGCACAAGUAAAACAUCUGUUACAGACACUGGAAGAUUACCGGGGAGACACACCUUAAGACUCUGGACUGUUGGAUGAAAUUAGUCUUACUGCUGCCGAGGAAUAGUGACAAGUGAUUUCAGAACAAAUACGCCACCUCAAACAGUUCUGAAGGAGCAUAUGGGAUGAAAUUAAAGCAGGUGGAGUCAUUUUAUUUUAACUGUGCAUUGGGGACACACCUGUAAAGUAACUGUAUUCCCAAGAAAAAAAUGGUUCAUAGAAACCAAACUUGACUCAUUCAGAAUGGUGUCCAAUGUUUUUUUUUUUUGUUUUGUUUUAUCCCUUUAAAUUUAUUAGUCAGAGCUACUGAUAAUGUUUGUUAUGGAGAUGAGGCUUUGAACCUGCCAGACAGCCUUUACUAACAGAACAAAGGGGAAAAUACCACUGCAAGACAACACUGCCAUCUGCUGGUCAACAGGUGUUACUUCAACAAUGGUUCACUGUGUUUACUGAGGUGCUGAGAUGAUGCAACAAACAGUUUAAAAAAAAGAACCACCUAAUCAUUACAUAAAUAAGUCUCCUUACCAUUAGUCUGCCUGUUACAAUACAUCUGAAAAAAUAAAUUAAAAAAAUCUACAGAUUUAUGACUAAAUCUACAGAUUUUUUUCCACUGGUUACUGUGAAAGCCUGCUGCGUAGUCUGUUUUUGAAAACUGGAUGCAAGUCAGAAUGUUAAAAAUGAAAGCUAUUUUUGGUACUGCAAUACAAGAUGCAAAAUAUAACAGAGGGAAAAACAAAACCUCACGUUCACUUGUAAAUAUUAAGCAUUUUUGUAACCAAUAAAAUCAGAAAAAAACACCCUUAAAA